AUGGAAGAAGAAGAUAACAACAAUGAACAAGCCCAGAUGAGCAUUGCUCUUAUCCAUCUGAAAUGGAUGCGAGAAGCAAUGGUGAUGGCAGAAGAAGCAUUAGCACACAACGAAGUGCCGGUGGGCUGCGUUUUUGUGCGGAAAAACCGCAUUAUCGCACGUGCGAGGAAUCGCACCAAUGAAUUAAGAAAUGCUUCUAGACAUGCCGAGCUCGAAGCUAUCGAUCUUAUCCUCGCUGAUAUGGAGCUGACAGCAGAGUCCACUCGUUAUCCUCUGGCAGAUACUGUACUGUAUGUCACAGUGGAACCAUGCAUUAUGUGCGCGUCCGCACUUCGCCAGCUAGGCAUCAAAGAAGUCUUUUACGGAUGUGAGAAUGAUAAAUUUGGCGGGUGCGGGAGCGUGUUAGGUGUCAAUGCGAGCGUGAGGCAUCCAGUUCAUCCAUCCUAUCAAGCUACCGGUGGGUACCUUCGAGAAGAAGCCAUAAUGAUUAUGCGUCGGUUUUAUGUGACGGAAAAUACAAACGCUCCAAUCCCAAAGCAAAAGUCAAAUCGGGUUCUCAAGACAGAAAUUCCCCCGAAGAUCCAAACCUGA